AUGAUAAUUGGGAUAUCGGUGGGUGCUUCGGGGAGCACGAAAACAAUCAAGCCGCUGGUGGCGGCGCUGACAUUCCCCCAGUUCUUUGGAGGGCUCGACCUCGCGGUGUGCCUGUCGUAG